AUGUCAUACGCCGAUAGUGAAUCACCUAUUAUCCAAUUGUCCGCUAAGAAGCACUUCAAGGACUUGGAUACUAAAGCUCAGUUAUAUGCUCAUCAUUUGUCAAAAGCUAGUUUUUGGGGUACAAGAGUUGUUUCCCGCUCAAUUUCCCCAGAAAGUGAAAGAUUGUAUGACUUGAUUUUAUCCAUCCACAAGAAGAUCAAUGCCAAAUCUAACGAGGAUUAUAUUAAAUCUAUUCCAAUAGAUAAGCAGAAUGUCAUUUAUUAUUUGGAAUACAGUUCCCAAGUGUUGUCUAAUUUAGGGAACUAUAAAUCAUUCGGUGACAAAAAGUUCAUUCCUCAACUCCCCCAAUCUGAAUUUGAUGAACUUAUUAAGGCAGUCAAUGAUGAAUCCAUCAGUGAAAUCUAUGAAUCAAUUAGAGACUCAAUCUAUGACACUUCUGUGCAAUUGUUAGGUUGGCCCGAACAUGGUCAAUUGUCAAGUUAUUAUGUUGGCAAACUCAUUACCAAGAAGGAAGUUGAUGCUGUCAACUCUGCCAUGGCCGAAGCUGGUAUUAUGCCGGAGAAUACUAGAGUUGAAAAAAUUGACGAUUCUAACUUUGUCGUUCAUGUAGCUUCAGCCGAUACUGAGAAUAACACAGGCUAUUACCCUGGUGUCAUCAAAAGCUUUGAAGGUUUCAAUAUUACUUUUAAAUUUGGUGAUCAUCAAAGAGAAUUCCAGCAAAUUGUUCAUCAUUUGACUGAGGCUUCUAAAUACGUUGCCAAUGAAACCCAAGGUAAGUUGAUAAAAUUCUAUACCGAAUCUUUUAAAACUGGUUCUAUGAAUGCUCAUAAAGAUUCUCAAAUAGAAUGGGUCAAAGAUUUACAACCCGCUGUUGAGUCUAAUAUCGGUUUCAUCGAAACUUACAGAGAUCCUUCAGGAGUCAGAGGGGAAUGGGAAGGAUUGGUUGCUAUGGUAAACAACGACAGAACCAAAAAGUUUUCUUCAUUGGUUGAGAAUGCCACACCAUUAAUCUCAAAAUUACCAUGGGAUCACUUCUACGAAAAAGAUACCUUCAACCCCCCAGAUUUUACUUCUUUAGAAGUUUUAACAUUCGCUGGGUCUGGUAUUCCUGCUGGUAUCAACAUCCCUAACUAUGAUGAUGUUAGGUUGAACUAUGGGUUCAAAAAUGUCUCCUUGGGUAAUGUCUUGAGUGCCAAUCCAAAGAACCCAAAAAAGGAAGAAAUCAUUUCUUUCUUGGGUGAAGAUUUGUUACCGGCUUACAAGAAAUGGAGAGAUGAUGCUUUCGAAAUUCAAGUCGGUUUACACGAAUUAUUGGGUCACGGAUCCGGAAAGUUGUUGCAAGAAACUGAAGGUGGAUUCAAUUUUGACAGAUCUUCUGAACUCGGUAAAUCAACUUCAUUUUAUAAAUCUACUGAAUCAUGGGGCUCAUUGUUUGGAUUAACUUCAGGAUCUUAUGAAGAAUGUAGAGCGGAAUUGGUGGCCAUUUAUUUGAUGUUAAAAGAACCAGAGAGUGUUUUACCAAUUUUUGGUAUAGAAAAGAAAGACUUUCAAGAAGUCAUGUUAGCCGGAACUGUAUAUAUGGCUAGGGCAGGUUUGUUAGCCUUGGAAUAUUGGGACCCUGAGACCAAGAUUUGGGGUCAACCUCAUAUGAGAGCUAGAUUUGCUAUCACUAAAUGUUUGAUCGAAGCUGGAGUUGUUUCUUUCGUACACGAGAAAGCAGAUUAUUCCGAUUUAGUAUUGAAAAUUGAAGAUUCCAAAUUGGAAACUGCAGCAGUCGAUGCUUUGGGUGAUUUUUUGAAUAAAUUGCACGUAUACAAAUCUACUGCUAAUGUUUCCGAGGGAACCGCCUUCUAUAAUUCAAUGACCACCGUUGAUGAAAUGAGUAAAUUCAGAGAUGUCGUUUUGAAACAAAAACUACCAAGAAAGCAAAUUAUUCAAGCCAAUACUUUCGUUGGUGAUGAGAUUGAGGUGAGAGAAUACGAUGAAAGUGAAUGCGGUAUGAUCCAAAGUUAUGUCGAUAGGGAAACCUAG